CACGCCCAUCCUCCUCGUCACUGCUGUGAGUGGGCAGCAGAAGUCGGAAACACAAGUUCGAGCGCAUCGUUUAUGAACCGUUAGCCGAACACCGUUACUCUGCUACCGAGCCAAAGCAAGGUAGCCAGACAGGAGAAACAGAAAACAUGGCGAAAACGUACGAUUAUCUGUUCAAACUGCUGCUCAUCGGAGACAGCGGAGUGGGCAAGACGUGUCUGCUGUUUCGGUUCAGUGAGGACGCGUUCAACACCACCUUCAUCUCCACUAUAGGGAUUGACUUUAAAAUCAGAACAAUCGAGCUGGAUGGGAAGAAGAUCAAGCUUCAGAUCUGGGAUACAGCCGGACAGGAGAGGUUCAGGACCAUCACCACGGCGUAUUAUAGAGGAGCAAUGGGAAUUAUGCUGGUGUACGAUAUCACAAAUGAGAAAUCGUUUGACAACAUCAAGAACUGGAUCAGGAACAUUGAAGAGCAUGCUUCGUCAGAUGUGGAACGGAUGAUAUUGGGGAACAAAUGUGACAUGAAUGAUAAGAGGCAAGUUUCAAAAGAAAGAGGGGAAAAGCUAGCUAUUGAUUAUGGAAUCAAGUUCUUGGAAACCAGUGCAAAAUCUAGCACAAAUGUUGAAGAGGCUUUUGUCACUCUUGCUAGAGACAUCAUGUCCAGAUUAAACAGAAAAAUGAAUGAAAAUAACCCUUCGGGAGGAGGAGGAGCAGUGAAAAUCACAGAGAGUCGAUCCAAGAAGCAAAGCUUCUUCCGUUGCACUCUGCUCUAACCCUGCAACCUCUGCAGCCUCAGUGUGUGAAUGAUUUUAUUUCUCUAUGUGUGUUUGGCGUGCGCGUGCGUGUUUGUGUGAGGGUUUACAGUACCACUGGACUUUCAGCUGUUAGCUGCUGCUGAGAGCUCUGGAUUUUAGCCUGCCUCAUCUAUACUUACUGAAGGCCUGAAGAGAGUGUGCUAGAUAAAGACUAUUGCGCUGUUCCCAAAACGUUCCUUAUAAGCCAAAAUAUCCACCUACCUACCCCUUAACCUCCUGGAUCAGUCCCAAUUUAGUGUAGGUUAAUUUGAAUUGUGAGAGAAUUUUUUCUAUCUUUAAAAUAAAUAAUUCCAUAUAUUCAAUUUAUAGUCACUUUGAUUUGAAAUGGUUUAUUAAAGUACCAUUAAAUGAAGGAAAUAGAAUAUCAAUUAUAUCUAACUCCUGCUAUCAUGCAGUUUUUUGUUUUGUUUUUUUUGCAAUAAAGAUUGUGGACCUAAAGUAAUGACUGAAGAACCUGAAGGUUUGAUUUUAUUGGGCAAACUGAAGGACAUGCAAUAUAUAUAUAUAUAUAUAUAAAAUGUUUGUUAUUGUUGAAUGUUAUGUUUUGUUAUAUUUAAAGUCACCCAUUUUAUAUGUACUUAGUUUUUGUUUUUAGUUACUGUUCCAAAGCCGCAAUAAACUGUGGAAUAGAUGGCAACGUUCCACAGGUCUUAGUCUUCCCCCUUUCCCUGACUUUAUGUCAUUAACUGCAACAGAGACCAAAGUAAAAAGAAAUCGAAACUGUGAUAGAUACUAACAGUCAAAAAUUUUCCU